UCCAGCUGCGAGGUUUGAAGGACAAGAAGAAGAAACGGCUCGGUCUUGUUUUUAUCGGUUGUCGCACGCAGCGCUUGUGCUGUGAAAAUGCGCAUCGAAAAGUGUUAUUUCUGCUCGGGACCGGUGUACCCCGGGCAUGGGGUGAUGUUUGUACGGAACGACUGUAAGUCAUUCAGAUUCUGCAGAUCAAAAUGCCACAAGAACUUCAAGAAGAAGCGUAACCCAAGAAAAACAAGAUGGACCAAAGCUUUCAGAAAGGCGUCAGGAAAGGAGCUCACAGUGGAUAACUCUUUGGAGUUCGAGAAACGCAGAAACAUACCAGUUAAAUAUAACAGGGAGCUGUGGGACAAGACAGUGGAAGCAAUGAAGAGGGUGGAGGAAAUAAAACAUAAACGACAGGCAAGAUUUAUCAUGAACAGAUUAAAGAAGGGCAAACAGUUGGAGAAAGAAGAGGCCAUCAACGAAGUCAAGAAAAAUAUUCAUCUUAUCAAAGCACCACAUGCAGGAAAGGCCAAAAAGAUGGAGGAGAAAAUGGUGCAGAAGUUACAAGAAGAUGUCGACAUGGGGGAUGAGGAUGAUUAAUCUUUUGUCCAAAGGGUUGACCUUGUAUUAUAUUGUAGUUUUGUUAUUUUCAGAUGGCAGAUGAUGGACACAGUAAUGCAUUCAAGUUUUAACCAAUGGACCGAAAGCGUUGACCUAACAAAGAUCUGCCUCCAAAGCAGCGGCAGUUAACCACAUGUCUCCCAGUUAUGUUUUUCCUUUUGGUAGUUGGGACUAUUAAGAAUUUACUCAAUCCUGUUGCAUAGUAUAAAGUUUUACAGAAACGCAGAAAAUGUUAAAAGGUAACCGACAAAAAAUGUAAGCAAAGAAUCUUUUGAGAAUUGCUCUUGUUUGACUUUCUGUGACAUUAAACCCACUAUAACCAUAGCUAAACUAAAAACAUAAGUUGGUGCACAGAUGAAUGGUGGAUUGAAUAUUUGUUAGAAACAAUAAACUAUUAUACUUUUGUGUUA